GCAUUCGGCAUCAGUUGCCUGCCUGCACCCAAUCCUUUCGAGUCAACGCCGAACACUCCAAAUCCAAUCCACAAUGAAAUUCCUUUCGCUUGCCUUUGUCCUGGGCCUGAUGGCGGCUUUGGCUAACGCCACGCCACUGAACCCCGGAAAUGUCAUCAUCAACGGCGACUGCCGCGUGUGCAAUGUGAGGUCUUGAGGAGGUCGCAGACGGAGCAUAGGAAGAUGGUUCGCUGCAAUCGGCUACAAUGAGCACAACACACCGCCAGAUAAUAUAAUGUCAAAUAUUCUUAAGCCUUAAACUGAAUUCUAAUCGAAUAUAAAAACAAUCUAAAACUGAAA